UCAUUAUUGGUUUGAAUGAAUCAAAAUAAAAUUAAAUUGGGAAAAAACGGGACCUUAUCACUAAGGUUCAUUACUUUACAUUACAGCUACAUAGUAUCUCUAUUACUUAGUGAUUAUAGCAUCUGAUUGCAAAUUUUGCAAAUCACAUCGUAUUUUAUUUCGGCAAAUAUCAAAAGAUAACAAUGGCAUGUAUGCCAGUUGUUACUAUUCAAUGUGAUUGGAAUGAUGUGAUCAGGUAUACAUGCCAAUGCUUUGCAGGUUACCUCAUGGAGAAGCAUGGAUAUCUUCAAAGUUUCUUCAUCAGACUAGUGUUCAUGAUAAAUUAACAACAACAGUUAACGAGAUUGAUGGAAAAGUAAAAAUAAACUUUACUGACAACUUUCAGUAUAUAUCUCAUGGGUGUUUGAAUCUUGUUGUGAAGCACGUAGGCUCUGGGUUGAAGGUCGUUUUUGUUGCUCCUUCAAAGGCUCAUAAGUUGCAUGAUAAAGGUGUUUAUUCAGUGGAUGCUUCAGUCAGUCCAAUUGUGGUGUCGUCCUGUGAAGGUAGCAAGUUACUGGUAUGGGAUAGUACAACAGAUGAAGUUAUCCAAGACUUAAAAGGUCAUGGAGGUCCAGUAUACAAAUGUAGACUUAUCCAACCAGAAAUAGCUUUCUCAUGUGGUGCUGAUGGUGCCACUAAGGUAUGGAGUACAGAAACUGGCAACAAUGCUUUCACAUUAAUUGGCCACACAAUGGCUGUUACAGAUAUCUCCAUUAUUGCAAAGGGAAGAAACGCUAUUACAGUAAGCAAAGAUGGAACUGCUAAACUAUGGGAUGUUAGUUUAAAGAAUUGUUUAGGGAAUAUUAUAGAACCAUAUGGCCCAAUCAACUGUUGUGCAAUAGGAAUUUCUAAUAAAGAAAUCCCAGUAAAAAAUGAAAGGGAGAUAGCUACUGGUAAUAAGUUGUUAGUAAUUGGCUGCGAAAAUGGUGCUAUAAAAUGUGCCCAUGUGGCAAAGAGGGAGGAGUUGUACGUCAAACAACUGCAAGAACCGUGCAAUGCGUGCAUUGUCAUUGAAAACAGCAUCAUAGCAGGCUGUAGUAAUGGAAAGGUUGUACAAUUGAAUCUUCAAGAUGGAGCAUUGAUAAAGGAGUGGCAUGAAUCUGCUAGUCCAGUUCUCUGCCUCGCAUCGCUGACCAAUCAUCUGUUUGUAGUUGGCCGUCAAGAUGGCACCUGCACAGUUCUGUCAUUAAAUGACGCACAUAACACCUUAAGAGUUUAUCUGACAGGUUCAGAUUGUGAUGGCAUAAGAGAUAUAUCAUUCAAUGGAAAGUGGAUAUUCGCUGGUUGCCGGGAUUCUUACGUGAGAAAGUAUGACUAUAAUCAAGUUAUUGCCUAUUAUAAAUGAUUGUUAAGGUAACACAAGUUAUUGGUGUAAAAAGCUCCCCAAUCACUUGUGUUAUUUAUUGUGUGUAAUUAUAAUGGAAAUGUGUAUUAUGUGUGUUGUUUUGUGGAUGUGUAUUGUGGGUUUGCUGUUGUUAUAAUGAAUAUGUGUGUUGUUAUAACAGACAUUAUUAAAUUAUAUCUUCCAUUUUU